UGUUCUUUGUGAGUUCAGAGCUGCUUCUAGAUUAUCCUCCUCUAGUUGUACUCUGCUCAGUUCAAACAGUCUUCUGCGCAAGGUCCUGCUCCUCUCCUCUCUGCAGCCAGACUACACACUUCAGCCAGGAUGGAGGCAAUUAAGAAGAAGAUGCAGAUGCUGAAGCUGGAUAAGGAGAAUGCUAUAGACAGGGCAGAGCAAGCGGAAGCAGAUAAAAAAGCAGCAGAGGACAAGUGUAAACAGGUGGAAGAUGAACUGGUGGCACUGCAGAAAAAGCUGAAAGGAACAGAAGAUGAACUGGAUAAGUACUCUGAAGCUCUGAAAGAUGCUCAGGAGAAACUGGAGCAAGCUGAGAAAAAAGCAACUGAUGCUGAAGGGGAUGUUGCCGCAUUAAACCGUCGUAUCCAGCUUGUGGAAGAGGAGUUGGAUCGUGCUCAGGAGCGUCUAGCUACAGCUUUGCAAAAACUAGAAGAAGCAGAAAAGGCAGCUGAUGAGAGUGAAAGAGGUAUGAAGGUAAUAGAAAACAGGGCCAUGAAAGAUGAAGAAAAAAUGGAAAUCCAGGAAAUGCAGCUUAAGGAAGCCAAACACAUUGCAGAAGAAGCAGACCGCAAAUAUGAAGAGGUUGCACGUAAAUUGGUCAUCCUUGAGGGGGAGCUGGAGAGAGCAGAGGAGCGCGCAGAAGUAUCUGAACUUAAAUGUGGUGAUCUGGAAGAAGAAUUGAAAAAUGUGACUAACAAUUUAAAAUCUCUGGAGGCUCAAUCUGAAAAGUAUUCUGAAAAAGAAGAUAAAUAUGAAGAAGAAAUCAAGAUCUUAACAGACAAGCUCAAAGAGGCGGAAACCCGGGCUGAAUUUGCAGAAAGAACCGUUGCCAAACUAGAAAAAACGAUUGAUGACCUUGAAGACAAACUGGCGAAUGCCAAAGAAGAAAACCUGGGAAUGCACCAAGUAUUGGACCAAACACUAUUAGAACUCAACAACUUAUAAUGCAAAGGGAAGAGCGUUGUGCACACUUGAUUCCUUCCAUAACGUCUUACAAUCUGUCACUUUUAAUUCUAAACAUUUCAGGGGACAACUGCAAUGACUGCGACCAAAUAUUUUAUUUUAAAAAAAAAUGUUCAUAAUGAUGAGCUUUAAACCUGGUGUUAUUAUUUUUUUUUUAAGAAUUUUUUUUUUUUUUUACAAAGGUUCCAUGUACAUUUAAAGGUAGAAUAGUAACACAAUGUUCAGUGUUCGUCUUAUAUUGUUCUGUUACAUGACCACAAUGUUGGUAUAAAAAUACAAAAGAUGUUUUUAAAGUUGAGAGUUGUUAAAUGUCAUCAAUAAAAUGAACUAGGCAAAAUGUUAA